AUGAAACCACGUACAGGAUUGGCUUGUAAGUGCUUCAUUUGUGGGCGCGUAUUUACGAGCAAUAUGGCUUUAAGAAACCAUCAAAGUGUACAUACGGCGGCAAAGUCGUUUGCAUGUUCUUUCUGUGAUCGCUCAUUCGCCCACAAGCAAUCUUUAAGGAUACAUGAACGGAUACAUACAGGUAUUGGUCGUCGGCAUUUCUGCUCUGUUUGUGGAAAGUGGUUUAAAACAGAAGACGAAAUGCUUGAACAUCAGAACAUUCAUGAACGAACCCACACUGGUGAAAAGCCAUAUACUUGUGGAUACUGUGGCAAAAGCUUUACUCAAUCACAGGCCUUGACAAUUCAUAUCAGAAUGCAUACUGGAGAACGGCCUUAUACAUGUGCGAUUUGCUCCAAAGAUUUUCGAGAUAGCUCAGCACUAAGAAAACACGAAUUCCUUAAGCAUACUCAUGGUCGUGCUUCAACGUAUUCACAUGUCGAUGAAUUACUGAUGAUGUCAAUGGCUCGUAAUUUAAUUCAAGAAGAAAACUCUCGUUCGCCUACAUAUCCCUGA